GAUACCGUCCGCAGUGGGGCCGAAAUCUGUCUUGACUUGGAUUGGGCUGUUCCUUUCCUCCCGCUACUUACGGGACCUGUCCCUUGGAUUGUCGCGACGCGCGCAUAGCAGAGCGAAGGGGGAUCAAGACUCGGAGUCCUCAAUGUCAACGCCUGGUCGAAGCACCGCAGACGCAUCAGGCGAUCACGUGGAACGCAUUCUUGCCUGAGUCGUGAUGGGGAUGAUCCCGAUCGACGAUCGACGCCGUCCGCCAGCUUGAACUUUUUACUUCCUCGCACAGUCCAAACUUUGCACGGCGCCCCUCACACUCUGCGAACAACACAUCUUCCCCGGGAUGUCUGACUACGGUUCGGACAACGACGAAGUCGACGCGCUCGUCGCGUUCGGCCAGGCCCUCGUCGAAGCCAUCCUCGAGCACCAGCCCCUCGCGCUCGUUCGGAAAAUGGUCGAGGACGGCGCGCCGCUGUGGUUCCAGGACCACGAAGGCACCUCCGCGCUGCAUGCCGCAGCCUAUACGGAGAACGAGGAGCUCAUUCAGUAUCUGAUUGAACAGGGCGCGGUCUGGAACGCUGUGGACAAUUUGCAUAACACCGCGGGGGACAUCGUGCUCUCGAUGAACAACGAGACGUGCUAUAACAUCAUACGCGACGCUGGUAUCCGCUCAGAGCUGCUCCUUACGCUGCUCGCAUCACGCACACCACCCGCGACGAGCCCGCUCUCCAUGGUUCUGCAAGCGACAGACACAACGGCGGCCGGCUCUCAAAACGCCUUUCUGUCCUCCAAGCUCAAAUUCGUAAAGGACGACAACGGUCAGGAGAUCUUGGGCGUCAUGAUGGGCUGGGAACGCGGCAUCAUGCAGGAAACCGGCGGACUGAAGGUCCUGAAUGUCGGCUUUGGACUUGGAUCACCGCUCACACAUUGCGUUAAGGUUGACGCCACACCGGACGUGCUCGCGCACAUGCGCGACCUCGGGUGGUACGACAAGCCGAACGUCAGGAUCCUCGAGGGCAAGUGGCAAGAUUUCGUGGAGAGCGAGGAGCUGCUCGGCGUCGGUGGAUUCGACGUUGUCUAUACUGACACAUUCUCGGAGGACUACAAAGCACGUCCCAGACCUCUCGCAGGGCCCGAAUCGCGCUUCGGUUUCUUCAACGGCCUCGGUGCCACCAAUGCGCUCUUCUACGACGUGUACACACGAGUGUCAGAGCUACAUCUGGCAGAUGUAGGCAUCGACAUCGAGUGGACGGACGUGGACGUAUUUGAGGGCGGCCAGGACCGCUGGGGCGAGACACGGGAGUACUUUGCGCAGAGGUUCUACAGGCUACCGGUGGGCAGGAUGCGGGCCAUAUCAUAGCAGAAGCCAACAGUGAGGCAGUUGGCAGUGGCCGCAAGAUGGCAAUAGACAGUGCCCCUCGUAUCUUCAGUUGACAAUCAUGAGCCGUUCGUCAUGUCAUUGCAUUUGAAUGAUGUAUCAAAUAUGUAGAGGGCGAGCACCCUCGAUCCCACGAA